UAUUGUACAUGUUCUCUGCCCUUGGAAUAACAGCAGGAGCCCACCGACUGUGGUCCCAUCGAGCCUACAAGGCACAUGUAGCCCUAAGACUGUUCCUCAUGAUUGGGAACUCAGUGGCGGCCCAAAACUCUAUUUUGGAGUGGAGCAGGGACCAUCGAGUCCACCACAAGUAUUCGGAGACCGACGCAGAUCCCCACAAUGCACUACGCGGGUUUUUCUUUUCUCACGUGGGGUGGCUUCUGGUGAGGAAACACCCGGAAGUGAUAGCGAAGGGCAGGUUGGUGAAUUUUGAGGAUUUGGAGAAGGAUCCCGUCGUGGCCUUCCAGCACAAGUUGUUGGGGUGUCGAUUUAGGCAUUAUUUGGUGUUUUAUUUGCUUUGUUGCUUCAUUCUCCCCUCCCUGAUUCCCUUCUGGCUGUGGAAUGAGACUAUUUGGAAUGCUUUUUGGAUGGCGGCUAUUUUUCGUUAUGUUUUUACUUUGAAUUGUACGUGGCUUGUCAAUUCGUUGGCUCAUAUGGUGGGGAUACGGCCGUAUGAUGGGUCUAUUGGGCCUGUCGAGAAUUUGUGUGUUAUUUUGGGGGCAUUUGGGGAGGGAUUCCACAAUUUUCAUCACACUUUUCCACAUCAUUACGCUACAUCCGAGUUUGGGGUCACUUUUAAUCCGACGACUCGGUUUAUUGAGUUUAUGGCGAGGAUUGGGCUGGCAUAUGAUUUGAAGACUGUGCCGGAGAGUGUUAUUCUUAAGACGAUGGAUAAAUUCGGAGAUGGGUCUAAGGGGCUGUUUCCGCAUUUGAAAGGACGUUUAGAUUAACUAGAUUUUACUAAUUUUGUUUGGUUUAUUCAUUAACAAUUAUUUUU